CGAAAGGGUUGCACCCAAAAUUCAUAGACUCUCUCUCGCCCAAUCCCUGUCAAAACUUCCCUACGAUUUUGAUCAAACACGGCGGUUCACUUGCCGGACCCAAGACGGAGAGGAAGUGCUAAUCUCGAUCAUUAUUGGGUUUCUUCAAGCUCAUCUCUUUUCUCUGUUUUUGAGAGAGUUUCAUAGAAGGAAUUCAUGGGUAGGCCUCCCAGCAAUGGUGGCCCUGCCUUUCGCUUCACCGCGGUUGAGGUUGCGGAGAUGGAAGCUAUUCUGUUGCAGAACCAUAAUACGAUGCCUACUAGAGAGAUCCUAACAAGUCUUGCAGAAAAGUUCAGCGAGUCACCAGACCGAAAAGGGAAGAUUGUUGUGCAAUUUAAGCAAAUAUGGAAUUGGUUCCAAAAUAGGCGGUAUGCAAUUAGAGCAAAAUCAAGCAAGGCUCCUGGAAAGUUAAAUGUUUCUUCAAUUCCUCGGGAUGACUCGACUCCUGUGAGGAAUGUGCUUCAGCCUGUAGCUGCUCAUAUACCUGCUUCUAUGACUGCUCUAAUGCCUACUGCCAUGCCUCCUGCUUCAGGAAGGGCUUCUUCAGAAACCUCUUUUAUGGAGUUUGAAGCUAAGUCUGCCAGGGAUGGUGCAUGGUAUGAUGUUGCAACAUUUCUUGCCCAUAGAUAUUUGGAUACUGGUGAUCCGGAAGUACAGGUUCGGAUUGCUGGUUUUGGACCAGAGGAGGAUGAGUGGGUUAAUGUUCGGAAGCAUGUCAGACCACGAUCUCUUCCAUGUGAAGCAUCAGAAUGUGUUGCAGUUCUUCCUGGAGAUUUAAUUCUUUGUUUUCAGGAAGGUAAAGAUCAGGCUCUUUAUUUUGAUGCCCAUGUCCUUGAUGCUCAAAGACGGAGACAUGACAUAAGAGGGUGUCGCUGUAGGUUUUUGGUGCGCUAUGAUCAUGAUCAGUCUGAGGAAAUUGUGCCUCUAAGGAAGGUUUGCCGCCGGCCUGAAACUGAUUACAGGUUGCAACAACUGCAUGCUGCAAACGACUCAACAGCCACUGAUCAGCAGAAAACCAUUGUAGAUCCCACUAUGGCACCAAAGACUUUUAGUUCCACAGUUGAAACAAUGCAGAAGCAGCAAAACAUAGACCUAGGCAGGACAGUAAUUGUGUCCCAUUCUAAUGCUCCUCUAUCUGCACAAGCAAUAAACCAAGACUCUAAAAAUACAGGAGCUGUUGGUGCUAUUAACAUGACCAGUCCUGCCGUUCCUGUGAAUGAUGCUUCAUUCACCGACAGCAGUGUUAUGACUCUCACAAGCACGGCUUCUGUUGGCUCUAGUCAAAACAUUCAGGAAGGAAAGUAGCAAGCUUAUGGGGCACUAACCUUCAUCAUUUCUCUUGAGGUGUAAGACGCUGUCUAAUAUUUUGGAUUUUUGUUCAUUAUUUUGUUGGGCUUCCAACAUAUAUUCUGAGUAAUUUUAUGUUGCCAACCAACAAAUUUAAGUGGCCUCAUCUUCUUUUAAUGGAAAUAAAAGAUUUUGACAGAG